CGGGUGUUGAGCGGUCACGCGGGCGGCUCGUGAGCUCUGGGCCUGCGGAGCAAGAUGGGUGUUUUGUGAAAAACACCUAGAACCAACUUUUAUUUUAAAGUAGCUUAACUUUUAGUCUAUUUUUWAAAAAGUGGGCAUUGAAUAGUGCUGAACAACAAGGUAUUUUGUUGGUAAGGUCAAAAUGGGUGAUGUUGAAAAAGGAAAGAAGAUCUUCGUGCAGAAAUGCUCUCAGUGUCACACAGUUGAAAAAGGUGGAAAGCACAAGACAGGCCCAAAUCUUUGGGGUUUAUUUGGCCGCAAAACAGGACAAGCUGCAGGAUUUUCUUAUUCAGAUUCUAACAAGAACAAAGGUGUUACCUGGAAUGAAAGUACAUUAAUGGAAUACCUGGAAAACCCCAAGAAAUUCAUUCCUGGAACAAAAAUGAUAUUUGCUGGCAUUAAAAAGCAGAGUGAGAGGGCUGAUCUUGUUGCAUACUUGAAAAAAGCAACCACCUCCUGAAACAUUGCAGCAGCUGUAGUAUCAGUGAAAAAUGUUUUGAAGUUUGACUAUCUCAGGUUUUAGUAUUUUGAUGUUGAUUGUUAAUUAGGUACUGGCCUUAGCAAAAUAAAAGCGUGUUUUAAGA